AUGGGUGUCGGAAACAAGCGGACUUUGACCAAGACGCGGAGAAAGACAAGCAUGUUACCUAGGGAUGUUGACCAGAUCAAGGCCGAUAUGCUCUCCCCUCGCCACCUCCGUCAAUUCAAGGAGACCAAAGCGUCGGAGGACCUUCCGGGCAUGGGUCAACACUACUGUGUUGAAUGCGCCAAAUGGUUUGAAACCGAGGUCAGCCUUGGUGGUCAUAAGAGAGGAAAACCCCAUAAGCGCAGAGUCAAGCAGCUGAAAGAGGAGCCCUACACCCAGAAAGACGCGGAGGCUGCUGUCGGUCUUAGGACUGACAACAAAGGUCUCAAUAAGAACGGUCCAGAGAGGACUUUCGACCACGAAAUCGAGAUGGAGACAUGA